AUGACUGCCACACCUGUUUAUUUUGAUAUUUCAUGCAACGGCAAACCCAAGGGCCGUGUUGUUUUCAAACUCUACGAUGAUGUUGUUCCUAAAACAGCAGCUAAUUUCCGUUCCUUAUGUACUGGUGACAAAGGUAUAUCACCAAAAUCUGGUAAACCACUUUCCUAUAAAGACUCAAUUUUCCACAGAGUGAUCAAAGACUUUAUGUGCCAAGGUGGUGACUUUACCGCUCCUUCCGACCAUUUGGGAACUGGUGGUGAGUCCAUUUACGGAGAAAAGUUUGAAGAUGAAAACUUUAAGUUGAACCAUAACAAACCAUUUUUGUUGUCAAUGGCUAACUCUGGACCAAACACCAAUGGCUCUCAAUUUUUUAUCACAACAGUUCCAACACCACACUUGGACGGUAAACACGUUGUGUUUGGAGAAGUCAUUGAAGGGAAAUCAAUUGUACGUCAAUUAGAGAGAAGCGAAAAGGGUGCCAAUGACAGACCAGUAGAAGAUUGGAAAAUUGCUGAUUGUGGUGAGCUUCCAGCCAACUAUGAGCCGGUUGCACUGGGUGCCGAUGAUGGAACUGGUGAUACGUACGAAGAGAUUUUAACCGACAACGACACUAUCGACAUCAACAACCCGCAAUCUGUUUUCGCGGCUGUCAGCAAAAUCAAGGAUAUUGGUACCAAACUUUUGAAAGAAGGGAAAUUAGAAAAAUCAUACGAAAAGUAUACCAAGGCCAAUAGCUACUUGAAUGAUUACUUUCCCGAAGGUUUGUCUCCAGAAGACUUAUCAACAUUGCAUGGCCUCAAAUUAUCGUGUUACUUGAACGCUGCGUUAGUGGCAUUGAAAUUGAAACACGGCAAAGAUGCAAUUGCUGCUGCAAACAAUGCAUUAGAAGUAGAGCAAAUCGACGACAAAUCCAAAACCAAAGCAUUAUACAGAAAAGGUAUGGGCUAUAUCCUAGUCAAAGACGAAGAACAGGCUCAAAAGAUUCUUGAAGAAGCUCUCGAAUUAGAACCUAACGAUGCUGCUAUCCAAAAAGGAUUACAAGAAGCUAAACACAACAUCAAGUUGCGUCGUGACAAACAAAAGAAGGCAAUGGCCAAGUUCUUCUCAUAA